CUUCUGCAUUGAGAAGCUGUGCAAUGCAGCUUUCCGCUAGGUAAGAUUACUAUCUCGGUUCUCAGCUCGUCUGCUGACAGAUCUGCUAGUGUUGGCCUCCUCUAUUUUAAUGGCCUUCUAAGCUCACUCGUCAUGAUCACUUCUUUUCUCCAGCAGCUGGCGUGCUACGCGUAAUGCCUCAGCUUCGGAAUGCAACUUGCCACAAUCCAAUUGCGGAAGUUCAGGUGCAGUAAGAUUAUAAAAGAUUUCAGUCAAUAAAGGGUCCCCUAGGUUGAUUCCCAACAAAUUGCGUCAGCGGCCCCACUUGCUGUGCUUAAUGCGAAAUGCCCCAUUUUCAAUGCGCUCAACUUUUUGUCCUUUAGAUAUCUCUGAGCAAGGAGUAACUGCGGAUGACGCUCUGAGCGUGUAUGGUUGAUGGAGCUGGAGAAGGCUGUGCCAGGGUCCCCCCCUGCAAUUUUGCCUCACAAGAAGGCAUGGCGUGGGCCCUGUCCGUUUGCUGUUGGUGACCUCAUUGAGAGCAGGGCCUUCGCGGAAGGUUACAGGGAUGCCUGGUUCCUCUCACGGAUCCUUGGGAUCAAGCAGGAAGCCGGUCCAGCAGCCUACACGCUGACUAUCAAGUGUGUCGACUUUGAUGAGGAUGAGCCAUUCGAGUGCCAGCUGUACCAGGCCAAUCCGGGCGUCGCCGAACCUGUCUGGGAGCUUAUGGUACGGCCUACGCCCCCCAGCAUCCAACCCCCUGCAUCAAAGAAACUCGGCGGGGGGCGGUGCGCUCAGGACGGGCUUACAUACAAAAUGAUGAGGAGUUAUGCGAUAGGCGACGCUGUGGAGUACUCGUGCAACUGCGCGUGGUGGAUGGGCCGCGUCUCCGAGGUCGACGGACAGCGCGUUUCGGUGUGGUGGCGACCCCCCCAUUUCGGUGAAGGCGGCGAGGAGGUCAACAUCAGCCUCGGAGCGCUGCGCCCCGCCAUGGUCUGGGACCGCGGCCAGUGGUCGUUUCCCGGCCACCCAAAAGGGCCUCUCGGGGUGCUCCUGCGCCCGGGGGAAAGCGAACCGGUCGCUCAGGUGGGGCCCAAAAUGAAAAUUGAAGGGAAGCCCGCGCCAGCCAAACUGGGAGGGUUCCCCGGGCCAGCAAAAGCGGGAGGGGUUCCCGGGCGGCCAGCCAAACCGGGAGUGAUCCCCGGGCGGCCAGCAAAAGCGGGGGGGAUUUCCGGGCCAGCCAAACCGGGUGCGACGAAAGCGGCGGGGAAAAAGGCGGGAGCUAUUCACGCGUGCCUUCGAAAAGUGCUGGCGAAAAAGUCGGGGGGGAUCCCUGGAAAGGCAAAAUUGGACGGUCAGAGAGGGCCGAGCAAGAAGUCAGAAGCAGUCCCCAAGCAAGACCAAUCGAACGGUCAGGAGAAGGGAGAAGCGAGUCCUGGGGUCAGAAAAGCAGAGGAAACUGAGGUACCGAACGUCACCCGGUAUGGGCGGGUGGUUAAGCCGGAGGUUUUGUAUAACGUGAGGCAGCCGGAACCUCCCCCCCGGAGGCAGAAGAGUGCUCUGUCUCCUAGGUUUAGAAAGGGGUUCAAAAGCGGAAAGGCAGCUGCGCCGCGUUUGAUACGAAAUGAAGACAUUGGGCUGCCACCGUAUUCGAUGAGCGCGGUGAACGAGCGCCUGAGCCGCGAGGAGCGCAUGGAAACCGCGCGGAAGGCACUGAAAGCGCACGCGCGGAAUCCGGACAUCCGGACGCUGGAGGACGCGCUUCGCACGGUUACGGGCUGCCGCCCGCCGACGUUCAAUAAGAAGGGGGCCGGCUAUCGGACGGAUUGGCUGCUGUCGAAGCUGCGCAAGUGGGCGAAAACUGGCGAGCCCUACUCACCUGCCGUGGCGAUGACGCCGAAGAAACGCAAGCAGCAGAAAGCGGCGAAGAGCGCGCGCAACGGAGAGCCCCGGGGCUCCAUUCCGAACGGCGACAUGGCCGCGCCAGCCAACGCCGCCGGGCGGACCCUUAAAGCAAAGACUAUGUCCCCUGCGGCGGACUUUUCCGGUUCCGUGAAAGCCGAGAGCGGAAAACGGAAGGGGGAAACCGGAAGCGGAGUAAAACGCAGCGCGGGGACGUCUGCGGUGGGACGGGCCCCCGCGCGCGGGUCGGCGGAGUGGUGGCAGUUGCGGGGGUCCGUCUUUGGCGUUGGAUCCGAAAACGCCGGUCCUGGUGCCGGGGGACCGGAAAGCAGCCCCAAUCGCACCCCCGGAGCGGGGGAAAACGGACACCUGCCAGCGGCAGCCGAGGGGGGGGCCGGUGCAGGGGUGCGUUUCACCCCCCCGGACGUGGAACCGGGCUUCGCGGCAGAGAUACAGGACCUUGGGGGUUUGCUGCAGCUGUGGGAAGUGGACGAAGCGGGGGGGGUGCCGCUCGACGAGUUCCGGGCCCCGUGGGACAUCGACCCGAUAUAGCACCGCACGUUCCGUUCAGGAUUCAGGAGCGGAAUCCGGCUUGGUCGAGGUCACAGGACGGGAGAUGGCUGAGCUACAGAGGCGUAAGGAGACCUCUAGUCGCUGAACAAUCGGAAGGCGGGGUCACUCCCAGACCGUCAAAGGUGUGAGCGACGGACAGGAUAGAGCCCGAUUGGGUCCGAUUGACGGCCAGGAUCGAUCCUGCUUAGGUGGCGCAUAUCGGAACACGGACCGCGAUGUUGGGUUGUAGGGUCAAAGCGAGAGGACGAUUUUUCUCGUGGCGGGAGUGCCUGCUGUGCACUGUUCGAUGCCCUCUCGUAGCCGGCGUGCUGCCAAGUUGGGGCGGCCACCAAGAGACAAAGAGACGUCCUCCCUCUUUCGGCGUAAGACAUGUGAAGUUUGGAUUGCGCGUAGAAAUAGCACGUCUAAGUGGUGCUUGACAGAAUCAAUACAGCGGGGCCGAAAGCAAUCCGUAGAAACGCCAAGUGUGUCAGUUUCUGCCGAGUAGUAAUGCUUAGCCGAGAAAGACCUGGACACUUGAAGCUCGCGAAGAGGGUGUUCCAUUGGCUUAUACGCCAGAUUAUGCGCAAAUGUCAGCCU